CGAAGCUGACAUGUUUAAAAUGCAGUCAUUAUAUUGCACUGGAAUAUUUUUUCUGUUCUCUGGUUCUUUGGUGGAGGCAAUUUCGGUCGAUGCGGGCAAUUUGAGGUCCUGGGACUACACUUUAAUAUCGGUGUCCAUGACGACAGACAAUGCGGAGCUGGCCGGCGGCGAUACUCGGGUCGACCGAAUUGGUCGCGGGGAAUACGGACUGAGUGGUACCCUGUAUGUCAACGUGGAUGUUCCCCAGGAUUUGGAGGUGGACGUUACCAUCUACCGCAGCACCGACGGCGGUGAGACAUACAAGCUCCAGCCGUACUCGAUUCCGCGCCAGACUGUCUACAGCGCCGUUAACGAUUUCUACAAGAAAAUAAUCAUGCCCAGUGCGGCCAAUUGCUCUAACCUUCCACAGUUCGCGGACACCUUGGAGUUGAUCCCCGCCCAGGUGUUUAAGUACGAAAAGUGCCAGGUGGGCACCGAGGGGUUUCCGAAAUACUUAGCUGAUGGGUGGUACAAAGGCGUCAUCGAAACCCAUGGGCUGAUAGGGGUCGUCUGGACGUGCAUCGUCGGGGUCAAGCAGAAAUCCUUCUAGAAAAGUCCCUAGAUUGGACGACUAUGGCCUUUAUCUCCCAUAGGAACAAAAUAAUACAUGCCGAUUUUCCUGAUUAUUGAUAAAACUUUGCAAAUCUUAAUACUUUUAUGAUCAGGAUAAAAAUCGGUCCGAUUGCAUGGACUAAUACAGUUAGAGAGGUAAAAAUUUAUUAUUUUUAAGAAAUUGUUUUAUCUAUAUUUAUAUUUAUACUGUUUAAGUCACAUUUCAAGUCAUGAAAUCUGCUAGGUUAUUAAAACU